AUGCCCGGUACCAACGAAAUUUUAAAUAACGAUGACUCCGAAGAUCAAAAACAGCGCGAUAGGAAUAUACGUUUAAAUCGCAGAUGGAAUGGUAGGUACCGAAAUAUAAAAAACAACCAAUUAUGGAAAAUAAAACUAGCUAAAUAUCUUGUUAAUGAUUUGAGAAAUUACGGGCCGGGAAAUUUAAUACACAUAAACGCCAUAAGUACUAUAACAGGAAAGUCUAUUCGUAUAUGGAAAUCGAAAUGCUUACAUCAAACGAUAAAUGAUCAAACGAAUCGAAAUUCAACCGAGAACUUUAUCGAUGUAGAGUAUCAUACUCAAUUACCCGAUUCUAUAGGACAUUGGACGUUAAUGGACGAUAAAGAUCCUAGUAACGUUGAAUUGGAUUUAAACGCGUGUCUAUUUUCAGUGAUCGCUGCUCAAACUGGAAAGAACACGAACGAUCUAAGAACAAAUAUUAUUGAUUUUCUAACGAAAAAUACGAAACAUUUAAUUAGUCAAAUAAAUAAACUUGCCUCGAGUAAUGAUAGAAGAUCAUUGAUGAUAGGCGGUGCUCGGUACGUUGGUACAUCACCUAGAGCAGCGCGUAUCAUUCUUGACAAUUCGCAAAAUGUUUUGUGUCACGAGUGUAGAGAUUACGGUCAUCCGAGGGGACACGCGUCCAAUAGUAAUGCUACGGGGCCAACAGAUAGCGUUGAAAACUAUUCUCUAACAACAUCAUCAAUGAAAUCUGGUUUUUUAAGCAGAACCGAUCAAGAUAAUGUUGCUCAUGUUACUUUAACACAUGCAGAAGCAAGACGUGCUAUGGAGGAAUUGAACGGCGGCGCGACAUCUCGCGUGGUCACGUUGUCACGAAGCGAUUUACAAAGAAAUCACUUUGUUCUACCGCAAAUGAAAGAAUACAGGAAUGGUCGCGCAGUCUCACAACAUUUAGACAUUAUUCGUGUUACAAUAGUACUAAGGCACCAUCAAGGAAUGUUCAGAGAUCCGAAUGCAGACGUUUUUGUACACACAUUUUAUCCAAGAAGUAAUUGA